AGCUUGGUUGCUCCUGUGCUUAUUAUGAUAGGACUAGAAACAAAAAGUUACAUCAGGGAGUUUCGGUGGUAUGUGCGUUUUGGAGUUGUUUAUGUUCUGGUCGGGGAUGCUGUGCUUCUCAAUCUCAUUCUACCAGUGAAGGAUUUGUACAGUAGCUAUGCAUUGUAUUUGAGCAUCAGCAUGGUUUUCUGUCAGGUUUUAUUUGGGAUUCUUCUAGUUGUUUAUUUUCCUAACCUCCAUCUGUCUCCUGGGUAUGUUUUGAUACAAAAUGAGUCUCUUGAUAGUGAAGAAUAUGAACCACUUCCUGAAGGAGACCAAAUAUGUCCUUAAAGGCGUGCCAGCAUUAUUUCAAAAAUUUUUUUCGAAUGGAUUACUCCACUCAUGCGGCAAGGUUAUAGAAGACCUCUCACUGAAAGGGAUGUUUGGAAGCUAGAUACAUGGGAUCAGUCUGAAACAUUGAUUCAGAAGUUCCAUAGAUGUUGGGUCAAAGAAACUCAAAGAUCUAAGCCAUGGCUAUUGAGAGCUUUGAAUAGUAGCCUGGGAGGAAGGUUUUGGUUGGGAGGUAUUUUCAAGAUUGCAAGUGACCUUUGUCAGUUUGCGGGUCCUAUGUUGCUAAACCAUCUCUUAGAGUCAAUGCAACGAGGUGACCCAGCCUGGGUUGGUUAUAUCUACGCCUUCUUAAUGUUUCUUGGAGUGUUAUGUGUUGUACUACUUGAGGCUCAGUAUAUGCAGAAUGUUUUUCGUGUUGGUUUUCGUCUACGGUCUACUCUGGUGGCAGCUAUAUUUCACAAAUCUCUAAGGCUGACUCAUGAGGCUCGCAAGAAUUUUCCAUCUGGAAAGAUAACGAAUAUGAUUACAACAGAUGCUAAUGCACUUCAGCAAAUAUGCCAACAACUUCAUGUAUUGUGGUCAGCUCCAUUUCGUAUCAUUAUUUCUAUGGUUCUUCUUUAUCAGCAACUCAGUAUUGCUUCACUUUUUGGAUCACUAAUUCUAGUUCUUGUGGUCCCACUGCAGACCAUUUUGAUUAGCAAAAUGCGAAAAAUGACUAAGGAAGGACUACAGUGGACUGACAGAAGAGUCAGCCUUAUGAAUGAAAUUUUAGCUGCUAUGGACACUGUGAAAUUUUAUGCAUGGGAGAAAAGCUUUCAGACAAGAGUUCACAGUAUACGAAAUGAUGAGCUGUCAUGGCUUCGGAGAGCUCAAUUACUAUCCGCUUUUAACAGUUUCAUGCUAAACAGCAUACCAGUUGUUGUGACGGUAGUUUCAUUUGGGACGUUCACUUUGCUUGGUGGGGAUUUAACACCUGCAAGGGCAUUCACAUCACUUUCGCUGUUUGCAUUGCUACGAUUACCUCUGAACACACUUCCUAAUUUGCUAAGCCAGGUUGUAAAUGCAAAUGUAUCAUUACAACGUCUUGAAGAGCUUUUCUUAGCUGAAGAGAGAGCUCUAGCACCAAAUCCACCUCUUCAGCCGGGCCUUCCAGCCAUCUCAAUCAAGGAUGGAAACUUUUCAUGGGAUUCAAAGGCAGAGAAGCUCACUUUAUCAAAUGUCAAUCUAGAGGCGCCAGUCGGCUGCUUGGUUGCGAUUGUUGGUGGAACUGGAGAAGGAAAAACAUCACUUAUAUCAGCAAUGCUAGGGGAGCUACCUGCAGAUGCAAAUUCAAGUGUUGUUAUAAGAGGGACUGUUGCUUAUGUUCCCCAAGUUUCAUGGAUUUUUAAUGCUACUGUUCGUAACAACAUACUGUUUGGAUGUAGCUUUCAACCAGAACGAUAUUGGAAGACCAUUGACGUGACAGCCCUUCGGCAUGAUCUCGACAUUCUUCCUGAUCAUGAUCUCACUGAGAUUGGUGAGAGAGGAGUGAAUAUAAGUGGUGGGCAGAAGCAGAGAGUUUCCAUGGCUAGAGCUGUCUACUCCAAUUCGGAUGUUUACAUAUUUGAUGACCCUUUAAGUGCCCUCGAUGCGCAUGUUGCACAACAGGUUUUCAACAGAUGCAUCAAGGAAGAGUUGCAAGGAAAAACCAGAAUACUUGUCACAAACCAGCUACAUUUUCUUCCACAUGUAGAUCGCAUCCUCCUUGUCUCUGAUGGCGUGAUUAAAGAAGAGGGUACCUUUGAGGAGAUCUCAAAAAAUGGAAGGCUAUUUCAGAAACUGAUGGAAAAUGCCGGCAAAAUGGAAAAACAAGGAGCAGAAAAGGAAGAUGGAAAAGACUUUGACCUGGAAGACUUUAAACCAACAUCAAAUGAGAUGGUUAACAGAAAUGAGCUGCUAAAAAAUGCAAAGCCUGGAAAAAAGGGGAAAGGUAGGAAGGCUGCACUUGUAAAGCAAGAAGAAAGGGAAACAGGUGUGGUCGGUUGGAAUGUUUUGAUGAGGUAUAAGGAUGCUGUGGGAGGCCUAUGGGUGGUUAUGAUACUCUUAACCUUCUACUUUUCAACUGAAGUUCUUAGAAUUUUAAGCAGCACUUGGUUACGCUUUUGGACGGAUCAAAGUACUUCAAGGAGUUAUAAGCCUGGGUACUACAUUGUCAUUUAUACUCUUCUAGGAUUUAGUCAGGUAACUGUGACGCUGACAAACUCUUUUUGGUUGAUCACUUCAAGUCUUCGAGCAGCCAGAAGAUUGCAUGAUAUGAUGCUAAAUUCCAUCCUAAGAGCUCCAAUGUUGUUUUUCCAGACCAAUCCAACCGGGCGUGUAAUCAAUAGGUUUUCAAGAGAUAUAGGUGAUAUCGAUCGUAAUGUUGCCAAUUUUAUGAAUAUGUUUAUGAACCAGGUGUGGCAGCUUCUCUCAACAUUUGUUCUGAUAGGCAUUGUGAGCAUAUUUUCCUUGUGGGCCUUAAUGCCACUUCUUGUCUUGUUUUAUGCAGCCUAUUUAUAUUAUCAGAGCACAUCUCGUGAAGUGAAACGCUUGGAUUCGAUUACCAGAUCACCUAUUUAUGCACAAUUUGGAGAAGCAUUAAAUGGUUUGUCAUCCAUUCGUGCAUACAAAGCUUAUGAUAGGGUUGCCAAUGUUAAUGGGAAGUCCAUGGAUAAUAAUAUUCGAUUCACCCUUGCAAAUACUAGUUCAAAUCGUUGGCUCGCAAUAAGAUUAGAAACAUUAGGAGGCCUUAUGAUUUGGUUGACAGCAACCUUCGCGGUUCUGCAGAAUGGAAGAGCAGAAGACCAGGCAGCUUUUGCAUCCACAAUGGGUCUACUUCUAAGUUAUACUUUAAAUAUCACUAGUUUAUUGAGUGGUGUUCUAAGACAAGCAAGCCGAGCUGAGAAUAGCUUAAAUGCUGUGGAACGUGUGGGCACAUAUAUCAAUUUACCUUCAGAGGCUCCAGAUGUAAUUGAGAGCCACCGUCCUCCACCUGGUUGGCCUUCAUCUGGGUCAAUUCAGUUUGAGGAUGUUGUUGUACGUUAUAGGCCUGAACUUCCGCCAGUCUUGUGUGGAUUGUCCUUUACUACUUCUCCAAGUGAAAAGCUAGGGAUAGUUGGAAGAACUGGUGCAGGGAAAUCCAGCAUGCUGAAUGCAUUAUUUCGGAUUGUAGAAUUGGAAAAAGGAAGAAUCUUGAUUGAUGGUUGCGAUCUUGCUAGAUUUGGACUGACAGAUUUGCGAAAGGUUCUUUGUAUCAUACCACAAUCACCAGUUCUUUUUUCAGGAACCGUGCGAUUAAAUCUUGAUCCAUUCAAUGAGCACAAUGAUGCUGACCUUUGGGAGGCUUUAGAAAGGGCACAUCUAAAGGAUGUCAUCAGGAGGAAUUCUUUUGGUCUGGAUUCUGAGGUUUUGGAGGGUGGGGAGAAUUUCAGUGUUGGGCAGAGACAAUUAUUGUGUCUUGCUCGAGCAUUGCUGCGAAGGUCAAAGAUUCUUGUUCUUGAUGAAGCAACUGCAGCAGUUGAUGUUAAGACUGAUGCUUUUAUCCAGCAAACCAUUCGUGAAGAAUUCAAAUCAUGCACAAUGCUAAUUAUCGCUCACAGACUAAAUACCAUCAUUGAAUGUGACCGGAUUCUUGUGCUUGAUGCCGGUCAGGUUCUAGAGCACAGUUCUCCAGAGGAACUGCUAGCUAAUGAAGAAAGCACAUUCUCUAAAAUGGUUCAAAGCACUGGGCCUGCUAAUGCAGAAUACUUACGUAGCUUAGUUUUUGGAGGUGAGGAGAAUAGGUUGAGUAUAGAGCAAGCCACGAGGUUAAAUGAUCGGAUGAGAUGGUUGGCUUCAUCCCGCUGGGGGGCUGCUGCACAGUUUGCCCUAGCUGUUAGCCUCACUUCUUCACAGAAUGACCUUCAAAGGUUUGAUAUUGGAGGAGAUAUGAGCAAUAUCCUCCAGAAAACUGAAGAUGCAGUCAUAACACUGCAGGGUGUUUUGGAGGGAAAGCAUGAUGAAGUUAUAGAUGAUAUGCUUCACCAGCACCAAGUUCCCAGAGAUAGAUGGUGGUCAGCUCUUUACAGAAUAAUUGAAGGUCUUGCUGCAAUGAGCAGGUUAACUCAACAUAACAGGCUUCAACAAUUAGAGUUCAACUCUGAAGACAGAUCGAUGGAUUGGGAUGAUAUUGAAAUAUAAGAAGAUAAUUAGAGGCAAAUAUUUCAGUAAAACAUUGGAGCAGACAGCCACAUCCUGAUGAGCCUGAUAUUAAAAUGUCAAUUUUAUAAUUUAUCUGAUAUUCUCAAACCUGUAACUGGUCACAAACAGUUAGCAUUUCACCAACUUGUUAGCAAAUUUUAUUUUUUGGUUUAUGGUUUCCAAACGGGGAGGAAAAGAACUCAAUUGGCGUGCCGUGGUAUUUUAAAAGAGCAUGUGGGUCCUCGAUUGAUUUGGUGUUGUGACUCGAUUAUGUGAUUCUAAAUAAGUUUAUUCGAAUUUGAAACAGAGCCUGCAGCCCUGCACCAAAGUGAACCAUGACAAUUCAUUUAUGGUGGUGGGGCUUGCGAUAUUCCUCUCACGAACAUGAUUUUUUGUUGGGGGUUGUAUGGCUCUUUUCUGUGAUGAACAAUGAAUGAAAUGUCCUAAAACAUCUAAUUGAUGGCCUAAUGCGGAAAAAACUCCAUAUUAGCCGUUUGUCUUCUUCUUUCGAAGUUUCCGUGGAUGCAGUUUCUUUCCCUGGGAAUGUUAAG